AUGGCACAUGUGAACGACCUCGAACAGAUGGCGAAGGAGCAAGAUAAAGAGUCGGAGAAACAGGCUUUGCUGCGGGAAGUGGAAAACCAUAAGAAACAAAUGCUCAGCAAUCAGGCAGCUUGGAGAAAAGCAAAUCUAGCUUGCAAAAUUGCUAUUGACAACUCUGAGAAAGAUCAGCUGCUGCAGGGAGGAGACUCCUUAAGACAAAGGAAGACUACAAAGAAGAGUCUGGCAGAGAGUGCAAGUAACAUCACGGAGAGUCUGAUGGGCAUUAGCAGGAUGAUGUCACAGCAAGUCCAGCAGAGUGAGGAAACCAUGCAGACCCUAGCCAAUUCUUCACGAACCAUCCUGGAGGCAAAUGAAGAAUUUAAGUCCAUGUCUGGGACAAUUCAGCUGGGGAGAAAGCUCAUCACAAAGUACAACCGCAGGGAACUGACGGACAAGCUGCUCAUCUUUCUUGCCCUUGCCUUGUUCCUCGCCACCGUGCUCUAUAUUUUGAAAAAAAGACUCUUUCCAUUUUUGUAAAACUCCAAAGUUAGACUGAAGUAUUAAAAAAGAUCAGAAAGAGAUGGCAUAAUCAUGGUAGGGCUUUUAAAUAAAAUAAUAAAGGGAUAUAGCAAUGACUGACAGAGUGUUAGAGCAGGCGUGACAUUGUACUGUCCCCAUGGA